AUGACGGACGACAUAGCACCCUCUGGCUAUCAACCGCAUCGAAUCAGUACGCUAGCCGUUCUCAUUGGAUUUAUCGCACUCUUGACCGCAUGGCUGCGCCGUGACAGAAGGCUUGCCUCGAUCCCAGGGCCAAGGACAUACCCCUUAGUCGGACUAGGCUACAAGCUCCCUCCCAAAGCACCCGCUCUGUUCCGCAAAUGGGCCAUGGAAUAUGGCGAUGUGUUCCGAAUCCGCGUUGGCUGGUAUGACUGGGUGGUCAUCAACAGCCCAGAGGCGAUAGCGGAGAUACUGGAGAAGCAGGCCGUGAAAACAUCCUCCAAGGCGCCUUCGCCCCUGGGCCACGACGUCGUUACGGGGGGCAAUCGCAUGCCCACGAUGCCUUACGGGAAGGAAUGGCGAAACCUACGGUCUGUCGUGCGCCAGAUCACCACCGUGCCCAUGACUGCGUCUUUUGUCCCGAGCCAGGAGUUCGAGGCGAAACAAUUACUCUUCGACCUGGCCACUGAUAACGAGAACCAGCGCAACUUCUACCAGCACAUGCGCCGCUAUGCCUUCAGCAUCAUCAUGACCAACACCUUCGGCACUCGGGUGAAGAGCUGGGACCAUCCGGAUGCUCAGAACGCCGUGCGAAGUCAAGCAGUUCUCCGACGAACGUCGCGACCAGGUGCCUUUCUCGUUGAUGAACUUCCACCGUUGGCCCGGCUGCCAAAGUAG